GCAACACUGGCCACCAUGUGGACAAGCCAUGACAGCAGAAAUUAAAAGACUUAUUUCGUAAGGCUCCUUGAACUUUUCUGCAAUUACUUGUCAUUUUUAUUAGCUUCUUUCCCAUUGGAUAAUUGUAUAUGAUCUGCAGGAGUCAACUGUUAUUUCACAUGCGCUCAGCAUGGAACGCGCUCCUAUAUUAUCCGUCGUGACUUGUAGUUUUGGACAACUGGACCCCUAAAGUUGACCUGACAGAUCCUGGUGAAUUGCGGAGUUGCAAUGGUAGCUAUGGGAGAGAUCGGGACGUUUUUACAGAGCCUGGAAGGUUUCGGACAGGUCGGAUCACAGUUUUUUUUACCACCUCUAGGAGACAAACUCGGGCUGCUGAACGAUCAUUUAGUGCCAGCGGAGAGACUGUCACGGAGCGCCUCCACAGAUUUAACGCACUUGAAAGGGAUUUUGCGCAGAAGGCAGUUGUACUGCAGGACUGGAUUUCACCUUGAAAUACUCCCAGAUGGCACUGUACAGGGCACGAGAAGGGACCACAGUCGUUUUGGUAUUUUGGAGUUCAUAAGCCUCGCAGUUGGAUUAGUAAGCAUCCGUGGUGUGGACAGUGGUCUCUACCUUGGAAUGAAUGACAAAGGCGAGCUUUAUGGUUCUGAGAAACUCACAGCUGAAUGUGUCUUCCGUGAGCAGUUUGAGGAGAACUGGUACAACACAUAUUCUUCUAAUCUCUAUAAGCAUGGAGAAAGAGGAUCACGAUAUUUUGUGGCUCUCAAUAAGGAUGGCACACCACGUGAUGGGACUAAGUCAAGGAGACAUCAAAAGUUCACACACUUUCUUCCAAGACCGGUGGACCCUGAUAAAGUUCCAGAACUUUACAAAGAGGUGCUUGGACAUAGCUGAGACUGUUGGGUCAUUCCUGCAUGUGGAGGAACGAUAAUAGUUACCCUUGCUACAGCAUCCAGGCUUUAUAGUGACAGUAAGAAGUGGUGGAGAUCUGCUUUGGGGAUGCACAGUUCAGAACUGACGGUGAAGAAUACAGUCUUGAAAGACUCUCCAAAAGCUGUCCUGGUUGCUAAUCACAUGUGUGGUUGUAAUUGACCAGCAGCAUGACAUAUCUCUGAAAACCUGAACAGGGGAGCUGGUGGUUUUUAAAUGGUGCUGCUUCACUCUGGAGAUAUUCAAUAUGGGUUCAAAAGGACUUGAAGGAACAUUGUGAUGCUCAGAGAUGACAGAACUGGGACACCGAGGAACAGAAGAUGCCAUCUCACGAGAUAUUAUUUAUACAGUUCUUGCUACACAUAUUUAUUGUAUGUAUUUAUUUAUUUGAAAAUAUAAAUAUAUAUUUUUACAUCUAAGGUAUUAGACCAAACAGUAGAAGGUGCUUUGGAAUAGUGACGAAGCUGUUCUCUAUAUAUCUUUAUUAUCACUGCUAUGAUAUUAUGGAGGGCAAGCGAAAUUGUGAUUUAACAAUUGCAAAUGUAUGAAGAAUGCCAUAACACUCUGUGAUCUAUACAUCUUUGUUUCAAGCACGUCUUUCCAAAAAUGGCAUG